GCCUUUAAGAAUUUUUCAUAGAUUUGUGUCGUGUUCUGCAGUGUAGAAAGGGAGCGUUGUUUCGUGUGAUCUUGGGGCACAGUUACCAGGCAAGUCUGCCUUCGUGUCUGAUUUGGGGGGAACAAACAAGUAACAAUUUAUACAAGCAGUCAUACACCCCCUUUCUUGUAACAAUGUGAAUGUUUUUUGAGGAGGGAGGGGUGCGCGGAGAGAGGGAGAGACAGGCAGAGAGAGGGAGAGAGAGAGAGAGAGAGAGAAAGGAGGAGGGGUGGUGGGGGGCGUUCUGCAAUAAUAUAGUCAGCCAUUUUUUAUGUAAGGGGAUUUUUCUUAUUGGGGGGGUUGUUAAAAAAUAAAUAUAAGGGCGGCCAUCUUUGUUUCCUUGCGUUGUAGUGUAAAAUAUUCCAAAACGGCCCCCACUUUUUUCUGGUGUCGAUUUGAAUAUUAAAUAAAUAUCAUAAUUCCGGAGGGUUUCUGAUUUCGAGGACGGAGCCGAUGACAGGAAUAUAAUGUCCUCUCCUCUCCGGUCCUGUGAGGAAUACAAGGGCAUGUUGGUUAAUUCCAAGGGAGGAGAUUUUGAUGAAGAAGAGGACGACGGAGAUCUAGACGAGAACGCAAGCGACAUAAACUCGCCGGCGGCGCCUCGAGAAACUGCAACACUAGCCGCGCCAGAGGAAGAAGGGGAGGCAUUGGACAGGGACAGUCUAGGGAGGAAGAAACGAGGGCCCAAGAAGAAGAAGGAGACAAAGAAGAAGGAGAAAGAGAAAGAAGGAAAACUCUCCAAAGCUAAAAAACGGAAAAGGAUUGACAGUGAUGUAGAGAGAGACUCGGAGAGAGAGAGAGACUAUGGAGAGAACUCUGACAGUGCAGCCAGCAUCUUCGCUUGUGAGAAAAAGAAGAAGAAGAAACACAAGGAGAAGAAGGAGAAAAAAAAACUAAAGAUGAAAAAAGACAAUGGGGACAGCACGCAAGAGGAGACAAUAAAGCCAAUAGAACAGAAGACGUCGGCCCAGCUGGCUAAAGACUGGGGUCUGGAGGAUGUGGAUCAUACCUUCACUGAAGAUGACUACCGCACACUCACCAACUACAAAGCCUUCAGCCAGUCCAUGAGGCCCAUGAUCGCCAAGAAGAACCCUAAGAUCCCCAUGUCUAAGAUGAUGACCAUCCUGGGGGUCAAGUGGAGGGAGUUCAGUUCCAACAACCCCUUCAAGGGCUCAGGUGCUGCGGCCGUGGCAGCUGCAGCCGCGGCCGCCGCCAUUGCCGUCGCCGAGCAGGUCUCCGCGGCAACCGCUUCCCCAUCCCCUCCGCCCCCUCCGCCCCGGAAGCAGCCCCAAACCCCCCGGCCGGCCCCCCAGCCGCCGCCCCCGCUCCGCAAGGCCAAGACCAAAGAGGGCAAAGGCCCUGGAUAUAAGAAGAGUCGCAGUAAGAGUCCUCGUGUUCUGGCUGAGAGGAAGAAGGCGGUGGCAGCGGCUGCGGCAGCAGCAGUAGCGGCGGCAGCGGCAGCAAAGGCCAAGAAGAUGGCUCCAAUACGCAUCAAACUAGGGGCCCUAGGCAACAAGAGGAAGAAGAGCAGCUCUAGUGGUGAUGAUGUUGAGGAGGAAGAUUCGGAGCAGGAGGACUCCAGUGUCCACAGCUCCUCGGUCCGCUCCGACAGCUCGCCCCGCGUCAAGAAGAACAAAAGAGGACGGCCCGCCAAGAAGAAGAAGAAAAUGCUGGGUGAGGGUGAUGUGGAGGUGGAUGGUUAUGAGACAGACCACCAGGACUACUGUGAGGUGUGCCAGCAGGGAGGGGAGAUCAUUCUCUGUGACACCUGUCCCAGAGCCUACCACCUGGUCUGUCUGGAGCCUGAGCUGGAGAAGGCCCCCGAGGGCAAGUGGAGCUGCCCCCAUUGUGAGAAAGAGGGGAUCCAGUGGGAAGCGAAGGAUGAGGACUUUGAGGAGUUUGAGGAGGAGAGUGAGGACAUGGUGGUACCAGAAGUACCUGGGGUUGGACUGCUGGUAGGACUGGAGGAAGAGGAGGAUGAGCACAUGGAGUUCUGCAGGGUCUGUAAGGAUGGGGGGGAACUAUUAUGCUGCGACACCUGUCCCUCCUCCUACCACAUCCACUGUCUCAACCCGCCCCUGCCUGAGAUCCCCAACGGAGAGUGGCUGUGUCCGCGCUGCACUUGUCCUGCCAUCAAAGGCAGGGUACAGAGGAUCCUCCACUGGCGAUGGGGCGAGCCCCCCGAUCCUGUACCCGUGCCCCCCGCCCCCGAUUCCCCUCCUGAUGCUCCCCUGCCAACCCCCAUGAAGGGCAGGGCCGAGAGGGAGUUCUUUGUCAAGCUGGCCGGACAGUCCUACUGGCACUGUACCUGGAUCACUGAAAUACAGCUGGAGAUCUUCCACUCGGUGAUGUUCCGUAACUACCAGAGGAAGACCGAUAUGGAUGAGCCUCCCAGUCUGGACUAUGGGUCAGGGGGAGAGGAGGAGAGUGUUAAGAGUGAGAAGAGGAGGCUGAAAGACCCAGACUAUGCUGCCCUGGAUGACAAGUUCUAUAAAUACGGCAUCAAGCCUGAAUGGAUGAUGGUCCACCGCAUCAUUAACCACAGUGUGGACAAGAAGGGGAUAUACCACUACCUGGUCAAGUGGAGAGACCUGACCUACGACCAGUGCACAUGGGAGAGAGACAAUCUGGAAAUGCCAGAGUUUGUCAUCCACAAGGCCAACUACUGGGCACACAGGGAUGAGGUGAUGAAGGAGGCUCCAGACAUGCCGAGGAGGAUGAGGAGCAUGAGGAUGGAGGAGAGCGAAGACCCCCACAGAUCACCUGUCAACGACCCUACGAUAAAGUACGAGGAGCAGCCAGACUUUGUGACGGCGACGGGGGGCACUCUGCACCUGUACCAGCUGGAGGGGCUCAACUGGCUGCGUUUCAGCUGGGCACAGGGCACUGACACCAUCCUGGCAGACGAGAUGGGGCUGGGCAAGACUAUCCAGACCAUCGUCUUCCUCUACUCACUCUUUAAAGAGGGCCACACUCGUGGCCCGUUCCUGGUGAGUGCCCCCCUCUCCACCAUCAUUAACUGGGAGAGAGAGUUUGAGAUGUGGGCCCCGGACUUCUACGUGGUGACCUACACAGGGGACAAGGACAGCAGAGCAAUCAUCAGAGAGAAUGAGCUGACCUUUGACGACACGGCCAUUAGGGGAGGGAAGAAAGCCUUCAAACUGAGGAGAGAAGCCCCAAUAAAGUUCCAUGUCCUGUUGACCUCCUAUGAGCUGGUGACGAUAGACCAGACUUCCCUGAAGUCUAUAGACUGGGCAUGUCUAGUGGUGGACGAAGCCCACCGCCUCAAGAACAAUCAGAGCAAGUUCUUCCGACGUCUGAAUGACUAUAAGAUUGACCACAAGCUGCUGCUGACUGGUACUCCUCUACAGAACAACCUGGAGGAGCUGUUCCACCUGCUCAACUUCCUCACUCCCAACCGCUUCAAUAACCUGGAGGGGUUCCUGGAGGAGUUUGCCGACAUCUCCAAGGAGGACCAGAUCCAGAAGCUGCAUGACCUGCUGGGCCCACACAUGUUGAGGAGGCUGAAGGCUGAUGUCUUCAAGAACAUGCCGGCCAAGACAGAGCUCAUCGUACGAGUGGAACUCAGCCCCAUGCAGAAGAAAUACUACAAGUUGAUUCUGACGAGGAACUUUGAGGCUCUGAACUCGAAAGGAGGAGGUAACCAGGUGUCUCUACUCAACAUCAUGAUGGACCUGAAGAAGUGUGCCAACCACCCCUACCUCUUCCCUGUCGCCUCCAUGGAAGCCCGUAAGACUGCAAGCGGAGCGUACGAGGGCACGGACCUCACAAAGGCUUCUGGGAAACUGACUCUUCUGCAAAAGAUGAUGAGAAAACUGAAGGACCAAGGACACCGCGUGCUCGUCUUCUCACAGAUGACUAAGAUGUUGGACCUGUUGGAGGACUUCCUGGACUUUGAGGGUUAUAAGUACGAGAGGAUCGAUGGAGGAGUCACAGGGGCUCUGAGACAGGAGGCCAUAGACAGGUUCAAUGCUCCUGGUGCGCCUCAGUUCUGUUUCCUGCUGUCCACCAGGGCAGGGGGUUUGGGUAUUAACCUGGCUACAGCUGACACCGUCUUCAUCUUCGACUCAGACUGGAACCCCCACAAUGACAUCCAGGCGUUCAGUCGUGCCCACCGCAUCGGGCAGGCCAACAAGGUGAUGAUAUACCGCUUCGUGACCCGUGCCAGUGUGGAGGAGCGCAUCACCCAGGUGGCCAAGAGGAAGAUGAUGUUGACCCACCUCGUGGUACGGCCCGGCCUGGGCUCCAAGGCUGGAUCCAUGUCCAAACAGGAGCUGGACGACAUCCUCAAGUUUGGCACCGAGGAGCUGUUCAAGGACGAGAUUGAAUCGGGGGACAACAGGGACGAUGAGGGCAGUGUGAUCCACUACGACAGCUCGGCCAUCGAGAGGUUGCUGGACCGGAGCCAGGACGCUACGGAUGACACAGACAUGCAGAACAUGAACGAAUACCUGAGCUCCUUCAAAGUGGCCCGAUACAUGGUCCGAGAGGAGGAUAAGAUUGAGGAGGUGGAGCGUGAGAUCAUUAAGCAGGAGGAGUGUGUSGACCCAGAAUACUGGGAGAAGCUGCUGAGACAUCACUAUGAGCAACAACAGGAGGACCUGGCUAGUAAACUGGGCAAGGGCAAGAGGAACCGCAAGCCUGUCAACUACAACGACGCAGCACAGGAGGACCAAGAUAACCAGUCCGAGUACUCUGUGGGCUCUGAGGAGGAGGAUGAAGACUUCGACGAGAGACCAGAAGGUUCUCGCAGACAGUCCCGCCGCCAGAUGAGGAACGAGAGAGACAAGCCAUUGCCCCCCCUGUUGGCCAGAGUGGCCGGCAACCUGGAGGUGUUGGGCUUCAACACGCGCCAGCGGAAGGCCUUCCUAAACGCGGUGAUGCGUUGGGGCAUGCCCGCCCAGGACGCCUUCUCCUGCCAGUGGCUGGUCAGAGACCUGAGGGGCAAGAGUGAGAAGGAGUUCAAAGCGUAUGUGUCUCUGUUCAUGCGUCACCUGUGUGAGCCCGUGGCCGACGGCGCCGAGACGUUCGCCGACGGCGUGCCGAGGGAGGGCCUGUGCCGUCAGCCCGUGCUGACCCGCAUCGGGGUCAUGUCCCUGGUCAAGAAGAAGAUCCAGGAGUUUGAGCACAUCAACGGGCGGUGGAGUCUCCCAGAGCUGAAGCCAGAGAUGAAGCCUGAGGCGCUGAGGCCAGAGGUCAGUGUGUCUUCCUCCUCCAGAGCCUCCUCCCCUGGAGGGACCAUGAAGACUGCUACGCCCACCCCUGACCCCAGCUGUACCUCAGACAACACCCCCUGCACCUCCAAACCAGCUACCCCUGCUCCCUCAGAGAGAGAGAAGAACGGGAAAGAUGGAGAGAAGGAGGAGGGAGAGAAGGAGGAGGGUAAGGCCCCAUCUGAGCCAGAGAAAGAUGGAGAGAAAGAGACGGAAGGGGGUAAAGCGGUAGAGGGCAACAGGAGUGCAGAUCCUGAAGUGUCUCCAAUUCCUACGAAAGAAGCUCCGCAAGAAUUAUCCCCUAGUACAACAACAGACAAGGAAGAGAGUGAUACAAAAGAGGAGGGGAAAGAAACAAAAACGACUGACACCCCUCCGGCCCCAGUGGAGGAGAAGAAAGGAGAAGAGGAGAGUACGGAGGGCACACCGGGAGGAACAACUAAACAAGGGUCGGCGGUCAAAGAUGAGAAACCAGGUAGUGUAACGCUCUCACCCGGAGAGAAGAUGGAGGAGGAGGAGAAGGGGAGAGAGAAGGAGAACGACAAGGAGAGCGAGGAAGCCCCUGUUGCCACAGAAGCAUCAGACAACAAGGAGAAGAUGGACAGACAGCUACCCUCUGACGUGAUGAAAGAGGAAGUAAAAGGUGAAAAGGAUGCUGGGAAAGAAGUGGCGAAGGAGGAGGUUGCCAAAGACACCUUGCCGAAACCCCCCAUCAUCCCACCCGAGCGACGGCGCUUCAUGUUCAACAUCGCUGACGGGGGCUUCACGGAGCUUCAUACGCUGUGGCAGAACGAGGAGCGGGCGGCCAUCUCCUCUGGGAAGAUGAAUGAGAUCUGGCACCGGCGGCACGACUUCUGGCUGCUGGCGGGAAUCGUUCUUCAUGGGUACGCGAGGUGGCAGGACAUCCAGAACGACCCCCAGUUCGCCAUUGUCAACGAGCCCUUCAAGUCGCAGGCCAACAAGGGCAACUUCCUGGAGAUGAAGAACAAGUUCCUGGCCCGCCGCUUCAAGUUAUUAGAGCAGGCCCUGGUGAUCGAGGAGCAGCUGAGGAGGGCCAGCCUAACUGAAUUGACCCGACCGCUCCACCCCGCCAUGGCCCUGAACGCCCGCUUCGCCGAGGUGGAGUGUUUGGCUGAGUCCCAGCACCUCAGCAAGGAGUCCCUGGCCGGGAACAAACCUGCCAACGCAGUUGUUGUAAUUUCAGUGCUGAACCAGUUGGAGGAGCUGCUGAGUGACAUGAAGGCUGACGUGACGCGGCUCCCUGCCACACUGUCCCGAGUCCCGCCCAUCGCCGCACGCCUGCAGAUGUCAGAGAGGAGCAUCCUCAGCAGACUAGCCAGCAAGGGUACUGACACACACACUCCCCCGAUCAUCCCUCCAGGACCGUACGCCACUCCUCAGAACUUUGGACCCGCCUUCACCCCCGUCCCGGGAGUCUUACCCAUGGGAGGGGCCAACUACAGCAAGAUGCCCCCUGGAUCUUUCGUAUCAGAAGCCCCAGAAGCCCCGGGUGGCGGCGGCGCCGGCUUCCUGAAGACCAAGGAGCACGACAUCAUGCAGCGGCAGCGCGUGGUCGACCUGUGGAAGGACGGCAAAUCGGAGGGGUCCAUCGGGCAGGAGCUGAGGAUGCCUAAGUCCACGGUGCACAGCAUCAUCGUCAAGUACCGACUCAGUAACACCGUGGAGAACCUGCCCCGCAACGGACGGCCCAAGAAACCCUGA